AGCUUGGAAGAAUUAUGAGUCAUCCAAACUUCACCAACUCAGCUCUGUUUGGAGAUAAAGAGCGGCCUAAGUGUCUGCGCUGUGCAGUGGUUGGUUGUGGGGGCAUCUUGAAUGGAUCCAACGCCGGCCCAGAAAUCGAUAGCCAUGAUCUUGUGUUCAGAUUGAACAGAGCCUUGUCGUCAGGUCGUUUUGCCCAGGAUGUUGGUGUGAAGACGAGUCUUUAUACCUUCUUUCCAGAGUCCAUGCAUGCACAAGAUGUCGUUGAUGACAGAGCAAUGUAUGUGUACACAAUGUUCAAACAGUAUGACGUAGACUACAUGGAGAGUAUUGUCAACAACAGCCAGUCGCCACCCAUCUACAUUCAAAAAGGAAAAAAAUUUAAACUGAAGAAACCGCCCAUACCACCAGCCAGGCUCAAGCUCUUGCAUCCAGAUUUCUCUCGCUAUGUCUUUACAAGAUACUUAGAUGGCAAAUCACAUAGACCUACCACAGGUGCCUUAGUGGUAAUGCUCGCUGUCCAUGUAUGCGAUGAAGUAACCAUCUACGGGUUCGGUUACGACCAGCGCUUCACGCUGCACUACUACGACAAGGCCUUCGUCAGCCACACCGACAAAUCCACCGCUCUUCACGAUAUAGACAACGAGAGGGGACUCUGGAACAAACUGCACGAAGAAGGCGUUAUUCGCUUCUUCAAAAGGGACUUAUGACGGGAAUAAUGACUAUAGCCUAGGCGCUCGCCCUUGAACAACUCAUGAAUAUUUUGCCUCGUUUUAUUAACACACUUGAAUAUGUUUUCGUUUGGAUAUAUUUAUGUACGAUCAGCACAUACAAAUUGUUAUUCACUGUGUUGACUUAUUUUUGUUUUCCUAGAGUUCUAUUUAAACCAUCUCCUUUUGAGAUUAUUCAAUUGUUGAUAUCAUGUAUGUUAUGAUAAAUUGGUAGUUACAUGGUGGAAAAGAAUUUCCACAUAAACUGUUCUGAAGUUGACUUCAAUUAUAUAAAUGUUGAUAUUUUGUGCAACUUAUGUCUCCAUUACAAAGAUCAAAACACAAUCUGUCAAAUUACUUGAACAAUGAAUUGUUCAAAUUACCAACAAAAAAAAUUGUGUUUUUUGUUCUGUUUUACUACAGGUGAUAACACAGUAUAAAACUUCUUUGAAACCCUGUAUCGUGAUAUUGUUAAUAGUUAACAAUAUCUUUGUUAAUCUAAUAUCACCUUGACGCACACUGAAGUAGCAUGUACGUCAACAUUAAAAAUCAAGUAACUCAUUAACACACAGCAUAGAUGGACAUUAUUUUUUAUUAUCUGAAAAUGAAUACAGUAGCACACACAACCCCAAAUUAAAUGAUUGUCAAGGCAACAUAUAAAGUAUCCUUUGUAGCUCAUAUUGCCACAUCAAGCAGUAGAAUUACAUUUAUCAAAUUGUAUUAAUUUAAUAGAAUACAAUAUUUUGUGCCAUAUAUAGUACUAUUUUUAAUCUGUACACACAUUCCAAUAUAAAAGUUAUGUACAUAUCUGUUGAAAUUACAUUGUUGGAAUCUACAUGCUGCUAUAUCUAGAUCAGGUAGUUAAAGGGAAAUCCAACCCAAAUAGACAUCUACUCUAAACGAAUGCAGACACAUCAGAGAAGCAAACUGAUAAAAGUUUCAAUUUAAUCUAAGAAAGUAAUAUGAAUCUUAUAAAAGUUGUAAUCACAAAUUCACAAUACGUUAGGGCACUUCAAAUUGGCUGAAGCGGUAAUGUCAAUGUGAUGUAGUGCCAGACUGCUUUCCCAUCUGUUCCAACAUAUAGAAUGACUAAACUCUACAUUUUUCAAACAGUCAUGGCUCUGAAGGGUCUUUUAUUUUUAGAGGACCUAUAAUAAUAUGCUAUUUAUCAUAUAUUUUUAGUAGUGCCCCAAGGAAGAAGGAACUUACGAGAAAAACAUAAAUUAGUGAUAUUUUUUUACAUGGGAAAUGGGAGAGUUAUCCACGUCCUACGUGUAUGUCACAAUCCACUAACCAAAUACCAAUUCGAGAUUCGCAUAGAAUUGACCUAGUAAUCUCAUAUUCCAAACAUUCAUAACUUUUUUUAAUUGGUCAGAUUUAUUUCAAACUUUUGCCAUUCUGUUUCAGUUAGUUUUCUGCUUUCAUACAAAUCUACUUAACAUUGCAGGGGUUGGAUUUCCCUUUAAGGAAAUAUAAUUGCACAUAUGAAGACCUGUCCAGAACACAAAAUGUAGAAUUGUUAUUAUAAUUCAAGGUGCUCCAACAUAGAUAACGAUAACAUUCUGGGCCCCGUAACGCAAAGGUUUGCAAUCAAUUGCAAAUCUGAAGCAACAAUCUUGAUUGGUUAAUGGUCAGCCUUUUGAAUAAUUUGUGCAUGCAACAAUGAUAUUGAUUGGCCAUUGCCAUUUUGUGAUUGAUUGCAAGUUUCUUGCUACGAGGCCCAGAAAGUGUUCUGGAUGCAUCAUCACCUGCCACUACAUUUCAUUAAACUAUAUAUUCUUUAUAACCCGAUAUAGUUGAAAUAUCUUUUGUGGAAUUCCUUAGUCUAUCUGUCAUCAAAUUCAUGUCUCACUGUCAGGUUUGACCAAAGCAUCUGCCGUUCCACUGGUGUGCAUUUGUGUAUUUAUUUAUGCACUGGUCACAGUGGUAUUAAAAGAUGAGGCAUUUUAUGUGAAUCUGGCAGAUUUGUUUUUAACUUGACAAACCUGAUAGGAACCAUAUGGAAUAUGAGAAGCAGUCUAGAAUGAUUAGGAUAGCUUCAGAUCAUUUUUAGAAUGUAAAAUUGGUGCAAAUUAGUUUAAAUUUAGUUAAAGCAUGAUAUGUGUAGCUAUUAUUAAUGAGAAGAAAUGAUAGCUCACUUGUCAUAAAAUUUGACUCACUUUGUGAUUUGUUUUUGCAAAAGAUACUUGGUGCAAAAUAAAACAAGUUAUAAGCAAAGUUUGUUUGGCUUGAUAUAAUCCACCUAAACAAGGUGCAUAGCUUAAUGCUAUUAUUGCAACUUAAUCUAGUCUUCAUUUUUGUGUUUUUUACACCAAAUAAUGCAUUUGAAAGUAUGUUUAGCAAACCAAAGUUAAUGUGUGACAUUAUAUAGGAGGAAAUAUAUGAGUUAUUGAUUACGAAAGUUUACAAAUUUCUUUAGUAAAAUCUAAUCCAGCUAUUUUUUUGUUACAUCUUUGCAAAAUUCUCUCUCUGUCUCUCUCUCUUUUAAAGUGUACAAAUUUCCAAAACAUGUUUUGCUCCUGAUGUAAGGGGUUCCAUGUCGCAUUACUGUGGUCGAACUAUGAGCUUCAAAUAUUUCUUUUACAAAGAGAUAUUGCAGUUUAAAUACACUCCCAGUGAGCUGCAAUAGAAUAGAGUGUGCACCAAAUCCAGGCCUGACUUGGGUUCUGUGCGCGCCCCCUUUAUUCAGGAGUUAUGUAAUCCUUUACUUGCUUCAUAGUCCUUUAUUGUUGAUUUAUAGAAUGCCAGGUAGAGUUUGAUGAGGUUGAUUCUAUGCAUUCUACCUACCGUAGAUACACAACUUAUUUUUUGGAUUGAUUGUUACACUUAAACUCUUUAUUUGUGUUGUCAGCCAGGCAACCUACAUGUAGAUGAUAUACUGGCAAUCAAUUUCUCUCAAUUUGUUAAAUAAAAUUCUCUUUCAACAUGUUUAAUUAUCAUCAAAUUUGGGGGAAUGAUAUAAAUAUAUUUGUAAAUAGUCUUCAAGAUAUAUGGAGAAUUUAGUUAACCACUAAAUAUUAUAUUUUUUGCAAUUUUCAUGAUUCAUUACUUUUGCAACUUUUUUGAAAAAGCAAGCUUGUGCAAACAAAUCACAGAUUUUUGUUAAUUCAGUUUUUGUCUGUGUAAUAGUGUACAUCAUUUGCAAAUGUAUUUUUUAUAAAACUUAUUGUUGCUUUGUCUUAUGUAAUAAUUGAUUAGCAAUAAUGCAAAGUGUUGUAGAUGAUUUUGAUUUUAGAUAAAAGCAUAUUACUCCCAAGUUAUUGAGAUUAUAUGUUUAGACUGCAGUACUGGAGAAACAUGUAAUGCUGUUACUGUAUAUUCCAUGCAAUAAGAUUUGCUUUUCUUAUACCACAUUCUCAA